CGUAUGAUAAACUUAUCACAAGUUUCCUAAGAAGGGAAGAGAACUCUUCAAAAUGUUGUGCAGUCGACAAUUAUUCAAAUCACAGUAAUACCAAUAUGUACAAAAUCAAGAAUAGUGUUCCAAUCGAUGUAAUAGAGUUGUACGAUAUCACUGAUGAAGAUUCAAAAAAAUUUAAAGAAAUAGAUGAGAAGCCAGCAGAUUUCGAAACAGCCAUCACCGCAUGCGGUUUUGGGAAGUUUAACAUAAUACUGUACAUAAUCUCAACGGCAGCAGGAUGGUCAUCAGUUUUCGAAACAACCACAAUGUCAUACGUAUUCCCAGCGGCAGAAUGUGACCUAGAACUGAAACUGAGUCACAAGGGACUCCUCAAUGCAGUCACUUAUUCAGGAAUGAUAUCUAGUGCAGUUAUAUGGGGAUUCCUUUGUGAUACCCUAGGGAGGAGGAAACUAUUACUAAUAGGUUUCCUCUUGGAUGCUCUCUUCUUUCUCAUGGCAGCUUCUUCACAGAGCUUCACCCUACUUAUGAUUGCAAAAUUUUUAGGAGGCUUUAUCAUAAACGGUCCGUUUGCAGCUUUAACCUCUUACUUGUCCGAAUUCCAUAACGCUCAUCACAGAGCACGAGUUCAAAUGGUUUUAGGAACAAUAUUCAGCUUUGGAAACUUGGCGCUACCCUUACUGGCAUUAGGCGUCUUGCCAAUUGAUAUAAACGUUAAGAUGGGAGAAUAUUUCGUAUUUCAUUCCUGGAACUUAUACCUUCUAAUAUGCUCUCUACCAGCCUUAAUUAGUGGUAUUGCCUUUAUAUUUUUACCAGAAAGUCCCAAAUUCUUAAUGACUAUGGGACGGAAUGAAAAAGCCCUUCAGGUAUUUAGGAAAGUGUAUAGAAUGAACACCGGUAAACCAGAAAGUACAUUUCCUGUUAAGGAGCUAGUUGAUGAAACAAAGGUAACCAAAGAAAACUCCAACAAACGUGGAGGACACGUUACUGCAAAUAGAACAAAAGUACAAGCAAUGAGAGAAGGCUGGCAACAAAUUAAGCCCCUAUUUUUUCCUCCACAUGUCGCUAAAUUUAUUUUAGUUUUUACGAUACAAUGUUUAAUAAUGAUGAGUUUGAACACUCUACGUUUAUGGUUACCCCAGAUUUUUCAAGCAAUUAAUGACUAUCAGUAUUAUAAUAACGAAACCGCUAGUCUGUGUGUCAUGAUGGAAGUUUUUCAACCGAAAAACAUGAGUAUAAAUGCAACGGAGUGCGUUGUGAAUUAUAACAAUUCACGAGUUUAUGCCAAUUCCAUGAUUGUGGCCUUCACCAGCAUGGUGGGAUAUAUAACAGCAGGGACACUUAUAAAUACCUUAGGAAAGAAAAAACUUUUAUGUAUACUUGGAACAGUAUCAGGUACAAUGGCCAUGUCACUGUAUUUCUCCAGAAAUACUCCAACAACCGUUGUACUCUCAGCCCUUUUUAUAGCCUUCGGAAGCAUCGGCAUUAACGUUAUUUUGGCUGUAGUGGUUGACCUGUUCCCUACGACACUAAGAACUAUGACGGUGUCGUUAACGAUGAUGUUUGGUAGAGCCGGUGCUGUAUUAGGAAACUUAGUAUUUCCAUUUUUAUUAGAAGCAGGGUGUGCCCCACCUUUCUUCGCAGUUGGAUCUGUGAUGUUAGGUUGUGCCUUCUUAACAUGUCUUCUUCCAAAUACAGAUAUGAAAGCGUUACAAUAAGUUUGAAAGUUACUGUAGAAGAAGCGAAAAUGUUACUUAGGUAUCACAAUAAUUAUUACAAUUUUUGUAUGUAUGCCUGUUUAAAAUUAUACUAUAUUUAUUA